UUCCCUCCCUUCCACUCUCUCUAAAAAUCAAUGGGAAAAUAUAUCCUCAGGAGAGGACUAACAACUAUGCCUACAUAGAUAACAUAUGUUACAAUAGUCAGUGAAAAUAACCCCAUUACUACAUUCUCUUACUGGAGUCAGACGUGAAUCGUGGACUGAAGAAGACUUGUUGCGAGGAAGAAGGGCAGUUCUCAUUGUUUCCACCUGUAGGGUUUGAACUGUUUGACAGAGUUGAAGCUUGGCUCUUCUAUUUGACAAAAAUAAUCAGUUAUUUUAAAGUUGCAAAUCUUAAAAUAUUUACUGAUCCUAAGUCAAUAUGGGAGCUGAAUUUCUGUUUUCUCAUAGCCUAUUCUGAAAGCACAUAAAAACAAACUAAAGUCCCGUCCAAUGGAAGCUCUGCCUGAUAACUAGUCUCCAAUUUGUAUUUGAGCAGAAGGUUUUGGCCAAACUAGUUCUCAGAUGAGGUUAGAUUUUAUGCUUCUCAUUUUCUCCAUGGCAUGCCUCCGAAUAUGUUGUUCCCUCAAAGAAAAGGUGCCUAGGCUGCCAGUGUGGCUCUAUUGGUUGGACGUCGUGCCUUGCACCAAGACAUCAGAGGUUCAUUCCAGGUGAGGGCUCAUGCUGUGGUUAUGGGCUUGAUCCCCAGUAGAGGGUGUGCAGCGGGCAGCAGGUAGAUGUUUCUCUCUCCUUGUAGAUGUUUUUAUGUCUCCCUGUGCCUCCCUCUCUCUUUAAAAACAAGCAAAACAUAUGAAAACAAAAAGGAAGAAGUUGAAUGUGAAAAAUGUGCUGAAAUUCUUGGACCUGGUGGUGUGGUCUGUUGUGAGUUUACCAAAAAAAUCAGUGCUGUCCUACAGACAGGACCCUACACUGUGUGGACACACUGGGUGGUGUCCACAGACCCGUAGGACUGCAGUCGGGUGAGAGCAACGAGAGGACGAGAGACCAUCACAGGGACACGCAGUCAGAGCUACUCCCACGUGAAUCUCCUGGUUGAGAAAGAACCUCACCCAUCCUCAAGAAGUGUUUAAAGAUUCGAGUUUCAUAUUAUUGUUGGAACUUGUCCAUUAUUGUCCCUAAGAAAAGCUGUCCAAGUACAUGUCAGGGAGUAACUCAGGAGAUGAUUGUGAAAUCCUUCAUGUAAAUACACAGAUAUUGCAAAAGUCUUUUUGUUAUCUACCGAGUGACCUCAGUGAACCAGCUUCCCGGCACUGUCACUUAAAUUCAGAGCCACACUUGGUAACGGCUCAGGAAGCUGAGUUAAACCACACACAGCAGCAUUAGACUCUCUGUGCUAACACACCCGGGGAGCCCACCAUGCUGUUACUAGUCCAGGUCAUCCUCACCCUGUGGGUCUCCUGGGCUCAUGGACAAGGAAAAACUUGUGAUUUCCCGGAAAUAAAACAUGGAAACAUAUAUGAGGAAAACAGAUACAAGCCCACCUUCCCGGUCGCCACAGGGAAAUACUUCUACUACUCCUGUGACCACAGCUUCGUGUCUCCCUCCCGGUCACUCUGGACGCAGAUAAACUGCACGAAGGGAGGAUGGUCGCCAGCUCCGAGGUGUAUCAGACAGUGCUUCUUCCCCUGGGUGGAAAAUGGGCAUUCCACAUCUUCAGGGCGAACGCACCAGGAGGGGGACACGGUACAGAUCGUCUGUGACCAGGGCUACAGCCUCACCAAUGACCAGGAUGUCAUCACAUGUGCGGAACACGGCUGGUCCACGCCUCCUACAUGCAGCCGCAUCACUCUCUCCUGUGGCAGCCCUCCCACAGUGCAAAAUGCCUUUAUACCAAACCAGAAGCCUAGGUAUCGACAUGGGGACACAGCACAUUAUCAGUGCAGACACCCUUUGGGCCUCUUCGGGAAUGCAGAAGUGACAUGUCUAAGUGGGGAGUGGACAGACCCACCUGAGUGCAAGGAGCCCACAGGACAAUGUGGGCCCCCUCCUGCUAUUGACAAUGGAGACAUUACCACGUAUCCAUUAGCAGUCUACGCUCCCGGGUCUUCAGUGGAGUAUCAAUGCCAGCUCUACUAUGAACUUGAGGGAAACAGGAGAAUAAUGUGCCGUGAUGGACAGUGGUCUGAGCCACCCAAAUGCUUAGAUGCCUGUGUCAUAUCAGAAGAAAUCAUGGAAGCACAUAACAUAGAGUUGAGAUAUUCAUAUGCAAAAAAAUUUUAUUCCAGAACAAAUGAUUAUGUUGAAUUUAGGUGUCGUCAAGGUUACUAUCGUAAACUGUCACCAGACUCUGCAUUCCGAGCACAAUGUCGAGAAGGAAAGCUGGAGUAUCCCACUUGUGCAUAAAAUGAGAGCUGUGUGGCAGUUUUCACAUUAAAAUAUGCGCCUUCAUUCAGAAUUUUUAAAUAUUAAUCCAGUUCAUCUCAAUUUAUUUUUCUGUAACUCGCUUUUAUUCACUAAUCAGAAUUUGCAUUAAAUACCAUGUGGGUGAUGUCAUUGUAAUCUGAGACCAACGGGCCACUUCUCAUAAGCAUCUCAUGAAAAUGUGACAAACCAACAUGCUGUGUGUUCUGUUCAUGAAAUGUCUCUGGCCAGAAAUCACCUCAGUGCCUGCCUCUAUCCCUCAUCGAUGUUUCUCUCUCUCUAAAAUCAAUAAAACGUGAAAAAGUUGAAUAUCAAGAAUGUGCUGAAA